AUUGGCUAAUUAGUGGAUUGGCAGGUGGACGAGUUGGGUUUCUUUAUUAUUAUUUCUUUGUAGUAUAAUUAGUAUUUUUGUGAAGAGCCGAGUUGUGUUUCUAUUGUGAGAAAUUGUGAACGAGUCGUGAGUAGGAAAAACUCGGCCGAGUUGUAAAUCUUCUCGACCCUUCCUCUGAAAAAUUGAAAGCUUUGGUGGUUCGAUGGAGGCUGGCAAGAAGAAGGGCUACGCGUGGGCAGUUUCAGCCGGACUCUGUGCCGCUUCCGCCGCCCUUUCGGCGAAGAUAAUCAGUCCUCAGAUUGUGAAGUACGGUUUCGUGGUAUUAUUCAUCGUGGCAAUGUGGGGUUGUUUUGUGCAAAGCUUAAAGAAUCUCUCGGCUCUGCAAGCUACAGCGACGAACUUUGCUACCAACUUCCUCACUUCUGGUCUGGCUGGAUACUUUUUGUUUCAAGAACCCUUAUCCGAGAAGUGGUUUGCAGGCGCCCUGCUCAUUGUAGUUGGUGCACUCAUACUUGGUAUGUCAAGUAUUGGGAAGAAGGCUCGUACGGACUAAGUUUUCUGCAUUUCACAUUACCCGUUUGGUUGAGAUAUCAGAUAACUUGAGAUUUUGUGAGAUGGGCAUGUAACUAAACAGUUAAAAUACCUGAGUGUUUUUUUUUUAAUGUGAUUUUUGCUUAUUGUCAUUCUUCCGACCACAAAAGUUGCACUGCUCAAAUUAAUUGGUUUAAUGCAGAUUUGUUGUUGUAGGCAAUUGUAGGCAUUCGUGUCAAGUGUUGCAUAAACUUUUGCAUUCCAGCGUGUGGAAUACAACUUACCUAUGCUUGAUGUAGCCCAAAUUUUUAAUA